CAGGGACACAGUAGGAAGUUUCUGCUGGGGUCUGCACUGGAAGUAUACCACUAAACCUACCCCUGUAUGACUAGGAACUGAGAAGAUUAUAGACAGGGCCACAGAGAGUCUACAUGUCUGAUAUUUAGACAUGUUCAGCUUUGUGGAUACACGGAUACUGCUCUCUAUAGCAGCAACAAUCCUAGUAGCAAGAUGUCAAGGAGAAGAUGACGUUCUUUCUUCCCAGUGCAUUCAAAAUGGCGUUAAGUACAACGACAGAGAUGUAUGGAAACCAGAAGCCUGCCAAAUCUGCGUUUGCGACAAUGGAAACAUCCUUUGCGACGAGGUGAUCUGUGAAGACGCGGACUGCCCCAACGCAGAGAUCCCAUUCGGAGAAUGCUGCCCCAUCUGCCCCGACAACGCUCAAUACUCCGAAGUUACCGGAGUUGAGGGUCCCAAGGGAGAUACUGGCCCUAAGGGUGAUAGGGGACUUCCCGGCCUACCUGGUAGAGAUGGCAUUCCCGGAAGACCUGGAGAAAUGGGACCCCCAGGCCCACCUGGUCCACCUGGCCUUGGCGGAAACUUUGCUCCUCAAAUGUCCUACGGUUUUGACGAGAAGUCUGCUGGUAUCUCCAUGCCCGGUCCCAUGGGCCCUAUGGGUCCCCGUGGUCCCCCUGGCCCAGCUGGAUCUCCCGGACCUCAAGGCUUCCAAGGACCCCCUGGUGAACCCGGCGAACCCGGUGCAUCUGGUGCUAUGGGACCCCGUGGCCCCCCAGGACCCCCAGGAAAGAACGGUGAUGAUGGUGAAGCUGGCAAACCAGGCCGCCCUGGUGAGCGUGGACCCCCAGGACCCCAGGGUGCUCGUGGUCUUCCAGGAACAGCAGGUCUCCCAGGUGCCAAGGGACACAGAGGUUUCAACGGACUUGAUGGAGCUAAGGGUGACACCGGUCCAGCUGGUCCUAAGGGUGAGCCUGGCAACCCUGGUGAGAAUGGCGCUCCCGGACAAGUAGGUCCACGUGGUCUCCCCGGCGAGAGAGGUCGCCCAGGCGCUCCUGGCCCAGCUGGUGCUCGUGGUAACGAUGGUGCUCCCGGUGCUGCUGGUCCCCCUGGUUCUACUGGCCCGACUGGACCACCUGGCUUCCCCGGCAGUGUUGGCCCUAAGGGUGAUGCUGGUCCUCAAGGUUCUCGUGGUUCUGAUGGUCCCCAAGGUGCUCGUGGUGAGCCUGGUGCUCCUGGUCAAGCUGGCCCAGCUGGUCCUUCUGGAAACCCUGGUACUGAUGGUCAACCUGGUGCUAAGGGUGUCACUGGUGCUCCCGGUAUUGCUGGCGCUCCUGGUUUCCCUGGUGCUCGUGGUGCUCCUGGACCUCAAGGACCUGGCGGUGCUCCUGGACCUAAGGGUAACAAUGGUGAACCUGGCGCUCAAGGAAACAAGGGAGAGCCUGGUGCCAAGGGAGAGCCUGGCCCAUCUGGUGUACAAGGACCCCCAGGCCCCCCUGGUGAAGAAGGAAAGAGAGGAUCCCGUGGUGAGCCUGGACCUGGCGGUCCUCCUGGCCCUGCUGGUGAACGUGGUUCUCCUGGUAGCCGUGGUUUCCCUGGAUCUGAUGGUGCAUCUGGACCCAAGGGUCCCCCUGGUGAACGUGGUCCCGUUGGCCCUGCUGGUCCCAAAGGAUCUCCCGGUGAAUCUGGCCGCCCUGGCGAGCCUGGUCUUCCUGGUGCUAAGGGUCUGACUGGUAGCCCUGGCUCCCCUGGCUCUGAUGGCAAGACUGGCCCUGCUGGUGCCCCUGGUCAAGAUGGCCGUCCUGGACCCCCUGGCCCACCUGGUGCUAGAGGCCAAUCUGGUGUAAUGGGAUUCCCCGGACCUAAAGGUGCUGCUGGUGAGCCUGGCAAACCUGGAGAGAGAGGAGUUGCUGGUCCCCCUGGUGCUGUUGGUGCCCCUGGUAAAGAUGGUGAAGCUGGAGCUCAAGGUCCUCCUGGCCCCUCUGGCCCCGCUGGUGAGAGAGGUGAACAAGGUCCCGGUGGUCCACCUGGAUUCCAAGGUCUUCCCGGACCCCCAGGUCCUGCUGGUGAGAGUGGCAAGCCCGGUGAACAGGGUGUUCCUGGUGAUGUUGGUCCUCCUGGUCCAUCUGGUGCAAGAGGUGAGAGAGGUUUCCCUGGCGAACGUGGUGCCCAAGGUCCCCCUGGCCCUCAAGGACCUCGUGGUUCCAAUGGUGCUCCUGGUAACGAUGGUGCUAAGGGUGAUGCUGGUGCUCCUGGUUCCCCUGGUGGUCAAGGACCUCCCGGUCUCCAAGGAAUGCCCGGUGAACGUGGUGCUGCUGGCCUUCCUGGUGCAAAGGGUGACAGAGGUGACCAAGGACCUAAAGGCAGUGAUGGUGCCCCUGGCAAAGAUGGCGUGAGAGGUUUGACUGGUCCUAUUGGUCCUCCUGGCCCAUCUGGUGCUCCUGGUGACAAGGGUGAAGCUGGCCCUGCUGGUCCUGGUGGUCCUACUGGUGCCCGUGGUGCUCCCGGUGAGCGUGGUGAGCCCGGUCCUCCUGGCCCUGCUGGAUUUGCUGGUCCCCCUGGAUCUGAUGGACAACCUGGAGCUAAGGGAGAACAAGGAGAUGCUGGUCCCAAAGGUGAUGCUGGUCCUCCAGGUCCAUCUGGUCCCACUGGUGCCCCUGGCCCUGCUGGUGCUCUUGGUGCUCCCGGUCCCAAAGGUGCUCGUGGUCCUGCUGGUCCACCUGGUGCUACUGGUUUCCCUGGUGCUGCUGGAAGAGUUGGACCCCCUGGCCCAUCUGGCAAUGCUGGACCCCCUGGACCUUCCGGACCAGCUGGCAAGGAAGGACAGAAAGGACCCCGUGGUGAGACUGGCCCUGCUGGACGCCCUGGCGAACAUGGACCUGCCGGCCCACCAGGACCUCCUGGUGAGAAAGGUUCUCCUGGCAACGAUGGACCUGCUGGUCCCCCUGGUACUCCUGGACCUCAAGGUAUUGCUGGUACCCGUGGUACAGUUGGUCUUCCUGGACAGAGAGGAGAAAGAGGAUUCCCCGGUCUACCUGGACCUUCUGGUGAACCCGGCAAACAAGGUCCUUCUGGCCCAAGUGGUGAACGUGGCCCCCCUGGUCCUUCUGGUCCCCCAGGCUUAGCUGGACCUCCCGGUGAACCUGGACGUGAGGGUUCUCCUGGUCAAGAAGGCUCUCCUGGUCGUGAUGGAUCUGCUGGACCCAAGGGUGACCGUGGUGAGACUGGACCUUCUGGACCCCCUGGUGCUCCCGGUGCCCCUGGUGCUCCCGGCCCUGCUGGCCCUGCUGGAAAGAACGGAGAUCGUGGUGAGACUGGUCCUGCUGGUCCUGCUGGCCCCGCCGGCCCUGCUGGUGCCCGUGGCCCCGCUGGUCCCCAAGGCCCACGUGGUGACAAGGGUGAAGCUGGAGAACAAGGAGAAAGAGGCAUGAAAGGACACAGAGGUUUCAAUGGUCUUCCAGGACCACCCGGCGCCCCUGGACACCCUGGUGAGCAAGGUCCAUCUGGUGCUUCCGGUCCCGCUGGUCCAAGAGGUCCCCCUGGAUCAUCUGGUAACCCUGGUAAAGAUGGUGCCAACGGUCUUCCCGGCCCUAUUGGUCCCCCUGGUGCACGUGGUCGUACUGGUGAUGUUGGUCCUGCUGGUCCUCCUGGACCUCCCGGUCCCCCAGGUCCUCCUGGCCCCCCAAGUGGUGGAUUCGACUUCAGCUUUAUGCCCCAGCCACCUGCAGAGAAGUCCGACCAAGGUGGUCGCUACUAUCGUGCUGAUGAUGCCAAUGUGAUGCGUGACCGUGAUAUGGAAGUUGAUACCACCCUCAAGAGUCUGAGCAAACAGAUUGAAAACAUCCGCAGCCCCGAGGGUACCAAAAAGAACCCAGCCCGUACUUGCCGCGACCUGAAGAUGUGCCACUCUGACUGGAAGAGCGGUGAAUACUGGAUUGACCCCAACCAGGGCUGCACUCUUGAUGCCAUCAAGGUCUAUUGUAACAUGGAGACUGGUGAGACCUGCGUCUACCCAUCCCAGAGCAGCAUCCCACUGAAGAACUGGUACACAAGCAAGAACCCACGUGAGAAGAAACAUGUCUGGUUCGGAGAGACAAUGAGCGAUGGAUUCCAGUUCGAAUAUGGUGGUGAGGGAUCUGACCCAGCUGACGUGAACAUCCAACUCACCUUCCUCCGUCUCAUGGCCACUGAAGCCUCACAGAACAUCACCUACCACUGCAAGAACAGCGUUGCUUACAUGGACCAAGCCACUGGCAACCUGAAGAAGGCCCUGCUCCUCCAAGGCUCCAACGAGAUUGAAAUAAGAGCUGAGGGCAACAGCCGCUUCACCUACACCGUCACCGAGGAUGGCUGCACGCAACACACCGGACAGUGGGGCAAGACUGUCAUUGAAUACAAGACAACGAAAACAUCACGCCUGCCCAUUACAGAUGUGGCACCCAUGGAUAUUGGCGGCCCAGACCAGGAAAUCGGAUUUGACGUCGGACCAGUCUGUUUCGUGUAAAAACAAAACACAAAUACCAGGACAGGAGAAUAUUUCAUGCGGACUUGAAAUUGUUGUUCCUCUCAUCUCUAAAACUCUUCUUGUUUUCGUAAGCAUUACACGAAAAAGCAAACCAAUAGUCAUGCUUUGAAGAACAUCUCUCAAAGGACAGACCAUGUGUAUGUGUAUUUGUGUUCACGGAAGGGGAACCGACACCUCCCCGAUCAACUGUGCCCCUGCAUACAUGAGUUGGCCUUCCGACGACCUUGAAGAUGCCCACAAUGACUAUGUCCCAGAAUUCGAAAAUUAACAAGGAUACGGCAUUCGAAGUAGAAGAGGAGUAAAAAAAAAAUGAAAUCGUUUCAUGUAAUGCACCUUUUUUUUAAAACUUUUUUUGUUCGUUUUUGUUUGUUCAGGUGGCAAAAAAAAAAUAAAUCUGAAAAAAUUAAAUUGAAAGUGUGUGAAGAGUGUUUUAAAAAGAGCUAGGUUUGUCCUCUGGGUGUGAAUGUCCUACUCAACCGUUCCUAGAGCCCGUAUUUCACCAGGAUCUUCGCCUUUGCCACUCUAGAGGACAUUCGUGGUCGCUGACUUGAAUGUUCUUCUGGUGUCAAAGGGUGAGGAGUGGCUCAGCAUCCCGGUGGUGCAGUUUAGAGAAUAAAUGUGUUUUUUUUUCUGAGACUACCUCACUGUCUUCUCCCAUUCCAUUGGUGCUAAAGUCUCACUGCUUCUUCACAUGUUCCUCGUAGCAGUAACUUCAAACAUUGGUGCUAAACUCAACAUUAGAAGGAAUCUUUACCAAAGAUGUACCCCUGAAUAACAUACACUUGAGGUAUUAAUGGUGCUACCCCCUUCCAUGUUCCUUAGACCCCUUUCCCGUGAACACAGGGUGAAAAGGUCCUGUCUAUAUUGGUAGCAUUACCAUUUUCUUGUUUUGCUUCUCCUUCGGUUCUUCUUCAUUCUCUUCAUCUGAAGCUGCCUCUCUUGCUCCUUUCUCCUUCCUGUUCACUUUCUUUUGUCCAACCCAAAACUAGACAGUGAUACCAUGGGGUUCGAACUGAUACCAAGGAUCUGUACCUGUUUUGUUAUUGUAUAAUAAUUUGAGAUGUUUUUAAUUAUUUUGAUUGCUGAAAUAAAGCAUGUGUUAUGGUCCAAAA